AUGACGAUAAACAAACUGGUUGAACAACUUUAUUGCGACAACAUAAAGCAUGCCAAUGAUUAUGUUUGCGUCGUGCAUGUUCCUGAGAGUUAUGACCUCUCAACGGGAAGUCCUUGUGUGGUUGAUAAACUGCUGAAAGAGCUACAAGAUAAAGUGAAAUCGCUUGAAGACAAGUUUGGAGACAAACUUCUAAAACACUGCUUAGACGGAAAAUUUCGCACGGGUCAAGGAAAACCGGGUGAUGUUAUUUGCCAGUUAGCACAAGAGGAAGGCGCCGACUUGAUUGUAAUAGGCUCACGUGGGCUAGGCAAGAUACGUAGAGCUCUCCUCGGCUCUGUGAGCGAUCACGUCGUUCACCAUUCUCAUAUUCCAGUUGUCGUCUGCAGACCUAAAGAGCAUCACAACCACCAGAAAGAAACCUGAAAUGGACCUUCCAGUGCAAAGGGACUUAUUUGUCUUUGUGCUAUCAUUUACACA